CCCCCGGGCGGUUGGGAUUUGAAUCUGCGGCGCGACGCUGCGGGAAGCCGGGAAGCCUGGGUCGGCCAUGGAGAGCCCGGGCGCCGCCGCGCGCUGUCCGCUGCAGGAGCAGCGUGCUCGAUGGGAACGGAAACGUGUCUGCACCGCUCGGGAGCUGCUGGAGACCGAGCGGCGCUACCAGGAACAACUGGGGCUGGUGGCCACGUACUUCCUGGGGAUCCUGAAAGCCAAGGGGACACUACGACCACCAGAGCGCCAGACCCUGUUUGGGCCCUGGGAGCGCAUCUAUGCCGCUAGCCUAGAGCUGCUUCCCUACUUGGAAGAAGGACACUGGGGGCCGGGGCUGGAGGGCUUCUGCUCCCACCUGGAGCUCUACACUCAAUUUGCUGCCAAUGCCGAGAGUUCUCAGACUACCCUUCAGGCGCAGCUGAAGAAGAACAAACGUUUUCGGAGGUUUGUGCGGCUUCAGGAAGGCCGCCCUGAAUUUGGGGGUCUUCAGCUCCAGGACCUGCUCCCUUUGCCUCUGCAGCGGCUCCAGCAGUAUGAGAAUCUCGUCGUGGCUUUGGCUGAAAACACAGUUCCCAACAGCCCUGACUACCACCAGCUCACACGGGCUGCCCGCCUGGUGAGUGAGACGGCCCAGGGAGUCCACGCCAUUGGCCAGAGCCAGAAGAACGCCCAGCACCUCCUGCGUGUCCAGGCUCUACUCAGCGGACGCAAAGCCAAAGGGCUUACUUCAGGGCGAUGGUUCCUACGACAGGGCUGGCUUUUAGUGGUGCCUCCCACCGGGGAGCCUCGACCCCGCAUGUUCUUCCUCUUCUCUGAUGCGCUCCUCAUGGCCAAGCCUCGCCCCCCGCUGCACCUGCUGAAGAGUGGCACCUUUGUCUGCAGGGCCCUGUACCCCAUGUCCCAGUGCCAACUGAACAGGGUCUUCGGCCACUCGGGAGGAGCGUGUGGUGGUUUGCUCAGUCUGUCCUUCCCGACGAGAAGCUACUGCUUAUGUCCACUGACCACGAGGAGCUGUCACGGUGGCACCACAGCCUGACUGUGGCUAUCAGAAGCCAGAAGAGGCAGACUCACUGACGCGUCCAACCUUUUGACACUGCGACAUGACAUUGUCAUCUAUAAAUGUGCUGGGCCACAUUCAUAGCUAUCCUGGGAUAUAUGUGGCAGUUGGACAUGCCUAAGAAUCUUAAAAUUCCCGAACUCUGGAUACUCAGGGAAGGGCAGAGCCAAGAACAAAAGGGAAUCAAACUUCAGCUCUGGAACCACAGAGCCCUCCACAGGUUGACACUGGGCAUUUAACUAGCUUAUCAGAAAGCAAGCUGGUGGUGGUGAUGGUGGUGGUGCAUGCCUUUAAUCCUAGCGCUUGGAAGGCAGAGGCAGGCGGAUCUCUGAAU